UAACUUAACUAAGACCAUUUUUUGGAGGGGUUUGUUCAUGAGUCAUCCUUUGCGGGGCAGAGAUUUGUUAGAGUAUGUUUGCUGCUUAUCUUUCUUCCCGCACACUAUUCUCCUCCCACUAACCCCGAAUAUCAACCCUGGCUACCUUGAGGACACGAGGUGAAAAGAAAUCCACCUUCAUUGAAACAUUGACGUCCUCUGAUCACCCUGGAAAAAUGACGGAACAAAAUAAACCCAUCCUGCCUGAAUCGGGAAAGCGCAAUUUCCUCGUCACGAGCGCUCUGCCAUAUGUGAACAAUGUUCCUCAUCUGGGCAAUUUGAUAGGUUCGACCCUGUCCGCUGAUGUCUUUGCCAGAUACGGCCGUGGCCGUGGCGCCAACACCCUCUAUAUCUGCGGUACCGAUGAGUACGGCACAACGUCGGAGGCGAGAGCUAUUCAAGAGAAUAUGACCACCAAGGAGCUCUGCGACAAAUACUACGCGCUGCACGCGGAAGUCUACAAAUGGUUCAACAUCAGCUUUGAUAUCUUCGGGCGUACAACCACCGAGCUUCAAACGAAGAUCACCCAGGAUAUCUUCCUCAAGCUUCACAACAACGGUUUCCUGUCCGAGCACGUAACGACCCAAUUAUUCUGUGAAGAGCACAAGUCGUUCUUGGCAGAUCGCUUUAUCCAGGGUGAAUGCCCUCACUGCAAGUACAAUGAUGCCUAUGGUGAUCAGUGUGACCUGUGCGGUCAGCUUCUCGACCCCUUGGAUCUCAUCAAGCCCCGCUGCAAGCUGGACGGUGCCACCCCCGUGAAGAAGGACACAAAACACAUCUUCUUGAAGUUGGACAAGUUACAACCCGAGAUCCAGGCUUUCUUCGACGAGUCUUCGACAAAGGGAGGAUGGUCACAAAACGGAAGGGACAUCACAUCGUCUUGGUUGAAGAAGGGAUUGCAAGAGCGUAGUAUCACCAGAGACAUCAAGUGGGGUACUCAGGUGCCUCUGCCAGGCUACGAGGAGAAGGUCAUCUACUCAUGGUUCGAUGCCUGCAUUGGUUAUGUAUCUAUCACCGCGAACUACACCGCCGAGUGGGAAAAGUGGUGGCGCAACCCGGAGGAUGUCGAGCUUUACCAAUUCAUCGGAAAGGAUAACGUUGCCUACCACUCCGUCAUGUUCCCCGGUACUGAAAUCGGUACUCGUGAGAAGUGGCUUAAGGUUCACCACCUCUCCACCACCGAAUACCUGACCUAUGAGGGUGGCAAGUUCUCCAAGUCUCGCGGCAUCGGCGUGUUCGGAGACUCGGCCAAGAAGACCGGCAUUCCCGCCGACGUCUGGCGCUAUUACCUGCUCUCUCACCGGCCCGAGACUGGCGAUAGCGAGUUCAACUGGGAUCUCUUCAUCAGCUCGAAUAACAACAUCCUCCUUAAGAAUCUGGGUAACUUCGUCAGCCGUGUGGUGAAGUUCGUUAACUCCAAGAACUACGACAACAUCGUGCCCGACUACACCACCUACUCCGACCCGGCCUUCGAUACCUUCAAGGAGGAGAUCAACGAGUUGCUGACCCAGUACAUCCAGUACCUCGAUGCCGUCAAGAUCCGUGCCGCCAUUGAUGUCGUCCUCGCUAUCUCUCAGAAGGGCAACCUCUUCCUCCAGUCCAACAGCCUCGACAACAAGCUCGCCGAGAACGAACCGGCCAAGUGCGCCGCUGUGAUCGGUCUCGGCCUUAACCUUAUCCACCUCCUUUCCGCCCUCCUCGCCCCCUAUAUGCCCGACACAGCCGCGACAAUCAACGAAAUCCUCCGUACAGAGGCGAUCCUGAUCCCCGAUCGCUGGAACGCUGACACCGUCAAGCCCAGCCACGAAAUCGGCAAGGCCAAGUUCCUGUUCAGCAACAUCAAGCCGGAGAAGGCUAACGAGUGGCGUGAUAUGUUCGGUGACGAGGAGGCCAAGAAGGUGAAGGAGGAGGAAGCCAAGAAGAAGGCCGCUAAGAAGGCCGAGAAGUUGGCCAAGAAGGAGAAGAAGAGGGAGCAGAAGGAGAAGGAGGCUGCCUCCACUGAUGGAGUGUCGGAGAUCUCUAGUUCCACGGAUAAGUUGAAUAUUCAACAGUAGACCUAUAAUCAAACGGUCACGGCGCGCCAUCUUGUUGAAGACGAUGUCGCCGUUGUACGUCUAGAAUGAUGCCACCAGCGAUGUGGUAGAUAUGAUUUGAUAUGAUCACCUAGAGCCUAUUCAUUCGAAGGGAUGUGAUUGCUAUUUUCUUUUGCAUUAUUUUCUUUGUCAAACUUUAUUCUUGGUUAGCAGAGACUUCAACGUCCUACAGUGUAGUUAGAGAUGAUACCACGGGCCAAUGGCAUACCAACAAUCAACUGACACGAUCUCUAAAAUGCAAUCCCCACAACGUCGAACUGAAUUAUUGAUUAAAC